AUGGCAGCCAGCUUCAGCAUUAUCCUCGGUCUUUCUUGUCUUUUGGGGGCCGUAUGGCUUCUCAACAUUAUUUACCGCCUUUUCUUUCACCCGCUUGCAAAAUUCCCAGGUCCCAAGUUGGCAGCCGUUUCUGACCUCUGGUAUGGCUUGAAAUGGACAUCUGGUCGGUAUCCAUUCAUCAUGGAAGAGACGCAUCGCAAAUAUGGUAGUGUGCAAGCAUACAAGGAUAUCUACGGACAUGCAACAAAAGGCAAGAAGAAGUUUAUCAAGAGUGACUGGUAUGAGACAGCAGGAGAUCAUCCCGGUAUAGUCAGUGUCAGGGAUCCCGCCCAGCACUCGAGACAAAGAAAGUAUCUGUCGCAUGCAUUCAGCGCAAAGUCGCUACGCGGUCAAGAAAUGCUCAUUCACCGCUAUGUGGAUAUGUUCAUUGGCCAGUUGCGUAAGCUUGGUAAUCCUGAAGGAUCUGGAAUCAAUGUCGAAGAGGCCCUUAACUGGCUUACGUUCGAUAUUAUCGGCGACCUUGCAUUCGGCGAGUCGUUUUCUGCCGUCGCUGAAGGACGGCCCCAUUUUUGGGUGUCGAUGAUCAUUGACGCAACUUAUUUCAAAGUGCUCUCAUCUUUAAGGAAACGCCUUCCGAUAAUAAAUCUGUAUUUGCCGUUCGUGAUGUCAAAAGAUGCAGGCGAAAUGCAUCGCAAGCACAUGGAAUUGACCAGGCAGAAAAUGCUAAAACGACUGGAGAUGCCCAAUUCUGAGGAGCGAGGAGAUUUCUUCUCGCAUCUAUUGAGCAAGGGCGGCAAUGAUGUUCCGGAGCAAGAACUCUGCCAGCAAUCGAACACGCUCAUUGUAGCUGGUUCGGAAACAACAGCGACAUGUCUGACUGGGAUCGUCUACUGCCUCCUUUCGAAUCGGUCUUGUCUAGAGAAACUCACCGACGAAGUGCGUUCGCGAUUCCAUUCGGAGGACGAUAUCACAGGGGACGCCACAGCAGAGCUGAAAUACCUCCCUGCCGUCAUCGAAGAAGGACUGCGGAUCUUUCCGCCUGCGCCGUUCGGCCUCCCGCGCAUUUCGCCUGGCGCUGUUAUCGACGGUCACUAUAUUUCUUCUGGUGUCGUUGUGAGUGUGGAUCCUUGGACUACCAAACAUGAUGAGCGCUAUUGGAAAGAGCCCUAUUCUUUCAUUCCCGAGCGUUGGAUUCUCGAGAGCUUCUCCGACGUCAAGCAAGCCAGUCAGCCCUUCUCCCUUGGCCCACGAUCUUGUCUAGGCAUCAACUUGGCGUAUCUGGAGAUGAGGAUUAUCCUCGCCAAGAUGGUCUACAACUUCAAUUGGGAAUUGGUGAAUAAGGACGUUGACCUGUUCAGGGAUGCAAAGCUGUUCCUGUUGUGGAAGAAGCCGGCUCUGAUGGUGCGCUUCUAUCCCCGUACAUAA